CCUUAGGUGAUCACAUCAACCCGCCCGCUAGUUGCGACACACAACAGCCACGGCAUCAACAACAGCGGCAGCAGCAUCGAAGACGAACACGUAGAGCCGAAUACCCAAAAAAAAACACAAUCUGCGCUUAUCCCUGAGAGCCAGCCGCUUUGCUGUCGUCUCAUCCCGCAGAUAACACCAUGGCCGCGCCGGCGCAGCCCAGCGAGGCCCCCUCGGCUCCCGCACCGGGCGCAGCCGCAAUCACGACAAAGUCGCCCAAGCCGGCGAGGAAGCUGGGCGUCCGCGCCGUGCUGUCGCUGCCGCAGACCUACGCGAGCUUCAUCGCCAAGAACCAGAGCCAGGUGUCCCAGAUCGAGAGCGCGCUGCGGUCGCUAACAUACAUCAUUCCUGGCCGUUUCCGAGAUGCCGAGAUCGCCUCGGAGGCCAUCCACUCGGGCGUCCAGCUCCUCUCGCUGUACCACGACUCCCUCCUGGAGCGCGCGGCGGCGGCGGCGGCGGCCGACACAUCCCCCCCCUCCCCUUCCUCCUCGUCCGCCAAGUCCAAGGCGGCACCCAGCAGGUCCAUCCACACCCGCUACACAUCCUUCUGGUCGCAAAAUUCGGCCAUGUACCGGCGCGUGGCGCGCGCGCUCCAAAUCGUGCAGUACACGCAGCUGCUGGUCGAGAUGGCGGCGCGGCGGCGCGGCGACGACCGGCUGCGCUGGCGCCUCGUCGUGCUCGUCGAGGCCUUCAAGGCGCUCUGCCGCCUGAUCCUGCUGCGCAUCACGCGCGGCCGCCCCUUGCUCACGCCCGCCCUGCCCGAGCGCCAGCCCAUCCCGCAGCCCGACGACGACGACGACGACGACGGCAACAAGUCGGGCGAGUACGUGAUCCCGCCCGAGCUCAGGGACGACGACGGUGGCGACGACGACCACCACCACCACCACCGCCACAAGGAGACGUCAGCCAACGGCCACGCCAACGGCACCGCGACGGCGGCGGCGGCACACGCAAAGGACUGGCACAUGCCGCGCACCCACUCGGUCCUGCCCUCGCUCCCCGACAGCGCCGACAUCAACUCGUACCUGCUCUCGCGCGUCCUGACGGCCGACGACAUCAAGCCUGCCCCCAAGCUCCUCCGCCCACUCGCCGGCGCCGCCCAGGCCGCCGAGGUGCUGCACAUCCUGGCGCCCCUGGCCUACGCCAUGGCCCUGGCGCACUUUUCCCUCCGCGGGACCCCCUCGUCCGCUGGCAAGAAGAGCAGGGCCGGCCCCGCCGCCACCUGGGCCCCCUGGGCCCUCGGCCUCGCCCUGUCGGUCGCGGCCCGCCAGCUGCGCGACCGCGGCCUGCGCGCCACGGCCCUCGAGCGCGAGGAGUGGAGCCGCCGCGGCUGGGGCUUGGGCUGGUGGGCCAUGCGCGGCGCCGCCUACGACGGCGUCGUCAAGGGCGUCAUCGGCGGCGUCAAGAGGAGGCUGCCCGGCUUCGUCGGCGGCAUCCUCGACGACUACGAGUACCUCUGGGAAACUUAUUACUUUAGCACGGCGGAUUAGACGGCGCCUUCUCUUUCUCUCCCCUUUUCCGCUUCUUUCUCUUUUCUUUUUGGCGGGCAGCGUGUGUACGUCUGGUGUAUGAGUUCUCUCGACUUGAUUCUUUAUGCUUUUUAUUUUCUCAUCCUUUCCUUGUCCCAUUCCUCGUUCUUUUGUUCCGUCACGAGCGCGAUAUCCUGGAUUGUCACGAAACAUUACCUCCAGUUAAUACCAAAUCACAUGUUAUCAGGCUUCAGAUAUGAACAGUUCUGUUAACAGUCGUCCUUCAAACUUGGCUGCGUGGACAGACGCAAUCACAACGAGUGCUUCCGGGCUCUAACACAACAAUGAAGCCUUCCAGAGUAUCGAGGCCAAUACUGGUGGACCACGUAGCAAACAGGAGCAUAGACAUCACACAAGCAUUAGGCACCAGCAAUGAACUCAACGAAAUGCCUUUUUUUUUCGACUCGCUGACUAGUAGUACAAAGUCCCUUUCCACAACCUCAGUGCCCUUCUAGAGCCCAGGCGGUUCCGGGGUCGUGUCCAUGUUCCAGACGCCUUGCCAUCCCAAUGUCUCCGCCCGACAGAUGCGCCCUCCGGAUCCGUUGCCCAU